AUGCCUGCUAAGAUGGAAUCCGAAAGACUCUUGAAUCAGACCAAGUUGCGCUGCGACUCUUACAUUCACCUCCGUGAUGCUUUACGAAAUGACGCUGAUCCACGCAACAUAGGCAAGAUGUGCAUACCACCUGCAACGUUCACAGGCAGUCCACUAUACAUUCACGCGAGGACGCAAGACGCGAUGACAUACGUUCAGAAGUACGGCCGACCAGACCUAUUCAUAUCUUUCACGUGUAACCCAAAAUGGUACGCAAUUGCUAAAGAACUUAUGCCAGGGCAAUCGGCCUACCACCGUCCAGACCUCAAUGAGCGCGUUUACCAUCUGAAGUUGGGAAAGCUAAUGGAUGUGAUUACAAAGGGACAGGUAUUUGGGGCUGUUUGCUGUCGCAUGCACACUAUUGAGUGGCAGAAACGCGACAAGAUUGAGGCCACAGAAAUCGAUCAUCUUAUUUCUGCUGAAAUUCCUGAUCCUUCGGCUGACCCUGAAUUGUACGAAAUAGUGACAACCAACAUGAUUCAUGGUCCCUGCGGGUCGCAUUACAAUUACACCAGCUGUCACAACAGCGACGGCAAAUGCACCCGGCAGUACCCACGAGAUUUUGUGAGCGAAACCAUUACAGGGAGCAAUGAUUAUCCACUGUACCGGCGAAGGAGUCCCGCUGAGGGAGGAUUUACAGACGUGGUAAAGGGCCACCAAGUAGAUAACAGGUGGGUAGUGCCAUACUGUCCCCUGCUAACAAAAGCGUCCAAUGCGCACAUCAAUGUCGAAUAUUGCCAUUCAGUUCGCUCCAUCAAGUAUGUAUGCAAGUACAUCAACAAAGGGACUAAUGCUGCAAUGUUUGGUAUUAGGCAGGAAGGUUCCGUAGACGAAAUCCAGGACUUCCUUUCAGGUCGCGUCAUUAGCAGCACAGAGGAUCGUGUGGCUUCCUCCAGUCUCUCACCUGAGAUUGUGCGGGAGACGUCCUACUCUGUGCUUCUCACACGGUCAACUUUACGUAGCCUGCUCUCCUCUAAGUGUACACCAGUGACAGACAGUGUUUGUCCUUGGGCCUUAUUAAUUGUCAUAGCAAAACAGGGUGCGAAUGGGAAUGGGGAUCUUCUGAAAGUGAAGGGUACAUCGGCAUCUGAUGGAUACAAAUGCAUCCUUGGGAUAAGCACUUGCUCCCCUUUACCGCAUUACUGUGAAGCAUUGAACUCAUCGCCAACUAAUGUAUAG